AUGGCCCCAUUCCCAACUGUCAAAUUUCCAUCUUUCCCCCCGUUUCCAACUAUUUCUACCAUGUUUCCACCAGUGACCUCGAGCCAAUCUGAAUCAUGGAACCAUCAUUCAAAUUGCACGGAAUUGGAGACUAGUACCAGUGCGGAUGCUUUCUGUAACAGCCACGUGGAAGGUGCAAAAAAAAUUCCGAUUGCACAGUUUCCGAGUACUAUAUGAAACGUGUCAAAACCCCGACUGAACCAAUUGACCCGUCAAAUGAAGUUCCGCAGUGCACCAUGACACCAUGUGCAGCUACAGAGAAAAUAUCCACCGACUGUGAAACUGCGUUUGGAAGCAAAUUGGCUAAUAUCACAGUAUGAUU